AUGGGUGUGAGCCCUCCGAGGCCCCAGAACUAUCUUUUUGGUUGUGAACUAAAGUCCAACAAAGAUGAUCACCUUAAGGUGGAUAAUGAUAAAAAUGAGCAGCAGUUAUUUUACCAAUGCAAGUUUCCACAGAAAAAAGCAAAAUUUGCUGCUAAUGAAGAUGAUGAGGAUGAUGAGGACAACGAUGAUGAUGAUGAAGAUGAUGAUGUUGAUUUUGAGGAUGAGGAAGCUGAAGAAAAAGCUCCAGGAAAAGAAUCUCUACGAGAUACUCCAGGAAAAAAUGCACAAAAAUCAAACCAGAAUGGAAGAGACUCAAGACCAUCAACACCAAGAUCUAAAGGUCAAGAAUACUUCAAAAAACAGGAAAAAAUUCCUAAAACACCAAAAGGACCUAGUUCUAUAGAAGUCAUUAAAGCAAAAAUACAAGCAAGUAUAGAAGAGGGUGGCUCUCUUCCCAAAGUGGAAGCCAAAUUCAUCAAUUAUGUGAAGAACUGCUUCCGGAUGACUGACCCGGAGGUGAUUCAACGUUUCGGGCACUGGAGGAAGUGUCUUAUAGAAAAUAGUUUAAACAGUUUGUUAAAAUUUUUCAUCUUAUUUUAUUUCUGUCACAGCUGA